UGUGUGUGCGUAGGCGUAAGUGGCCGUGAUUGUGUGUGUCUGUGUGUGUGUGUGUGCAGCGCAAUGUAUGUGAGCAUCUGGUGCCACAGCUUGAACCUAAGCAGCCGCAGCCUGGCCAUUGUCCUGGUGGUCUGCGUGACGCUCGUCUACUUCUCGUACAGCUUCAAUGCCUGCCUCCUGGCCAGCAUCAGUCGCACCCUGCAGCAGCAGAGCAACCUACGCAAUUUGCUGACGCUGCAGCAGCGCAACGCUAGCAGCGAAGCGGAGGCCAACAGAGUCAGCAAUGCCAGCAGAAGCUCCAAUGGCAACUCCAACUCUAGCACCAGUGCUGGCCCCAGCUCCAACUCCAGCUCCAGCUCCAGCUCCAGCACGACAGCUAUCUUGAAUAGCACCGUUAGCAAUGGCAUUGCCAGCGUCGAUGGCGCGCCCAAGUAUCAAAUGCUGCGCCAGCAGGGCCUGCGUCCCUCUCGCCAUCUGCCCGACACGCUGAUCAUUGGCGUGAAGAAGAGCGGCACGAGGGCCUUGCUGGAGUUCAUACGGCUGCAUCCGGAUGUGCGCGCCGCCGGCUCCGAGGUGCACUUCUUCGACAGGCACUACCAGCGCGGACUGCGCUGGUAUCGCCACCACAUGCCCUACACCAUCGAGGGCCAAAUCACCAUGGAGAAGACGCCCAGCUACUUUGUCACCAAGGAGGUGCCGCAGCGCGUUUACCAUAUGAACACGGCCACCAAACUCUUAAUUGUGGUGCGAGAUCCGGUGACUCGCGCCAUCUCGGACUAUACGCAGGCGGCCAGCAAGAAGGCGGACAUGAAGCGCUUCGAGCAGCUGGCCUUUGUUAACGGCAGCUACUCGGUGGUGGACACCAAUUGGGGACCGGUCAAGAUUGGCGUCUAUGCGCGCUACUUGGAGCACUGGCUGCUGUACUUUCCGCUGUCGCAGCUGCUCUUCAUUAGCGGCGAGCGAUUGAUCAUGGAUCCGGCCUAUGAGAUUGGACGUGUUCAGGACUUUUUGGGUCUGAAGCGUGUGGUGACCGAGAAGCAUUUCUAUUUCAAUGCCACCAAAGGAUUUCCCUGUCUAUUCAAAUCGGAGGCACGAUCCACGCCCCAUUGCCUGGGCAAGACCAAGGGUAGGAAUCAUCCGCAUAUCGAUGCCAAUGCAAUUGAACGGCUACGGGAGUUUUAUAGGCCGUUCAAUAAUAAGUUUUAUCAACUGACUGGCAUUAACUUUGCCUGGCCCUAAACACAGAGAAGGAGAUAUGGCUAGAGAGAGAAAGAGAGAGAGAGAGAGAGAGGGAGAGAGAUGUUGUUGCUGCGGUAUUUGGCAACAGACUGAUAUUGUUGAUUGCAUUUUUUUAUACAUACCAUUGUUCUUAUACAUUGAAGAUAUAUACACCCAAUUAUAUAUACAUACAUAUAUAGUGUUUGCAUAGCUAUGCAAAGAGAAAGAUACGUUACGUAAUCCUGUGACGUCAGUGCUCAAUUAAAUGCAACAAUACAACAGACAAAUCGAACAAUACUCACACUAUAAAACGGUUCCUUCUCUCAACGCACACACGCACACACUAAUACAUGGCAACAACUACAAACUCCUACUAUAUACAUACAUACAUACAUAUAUGAACGCAUAGACAAAUAGAGCUUAAUAUGAAUUCCUGCAGAGUAUGAGCAGCUAAUUGAACAGAGAGCUACGCCUCCACAUCCUAAUCUAAUGAAUUAUUACAUAUGCAAUACAUAUAAAUGAAAUGUACUGAUAGCAUUCGAUUAGGCACAGCACAUGCACACACAUAAUCCCUACAUUUAAAUGAUAUGCAAUUUAUACAUAUAUACAACUACAAGUACAUCUACAUCUACAUCUACAUCUAUAUAUACAUAUAUAUUAUAUAUAUGCAUAGCUCAAGAUCUAAAUUGCAUGUUACGAAAUGGCCUAGCUGAACAAAUUU